AUACACCUGAGGGUACCUUGGACCUAUUAAUCUCAGAACAUGUUAUGAUUCUCCUGCCACCAUGUAAAUGUGACACUGAAUCUCAGCUGAGAGAUGUAUUCUGUGAGGUUUUUGAUAGUUGAGUUCUGAAAAGGGAAGCAAACUUGCAAGGUACAAACCAAGUCUGUGGGGAAAGGCCUGCCUCUCUUGGGAAGAUAGGGGAAAAUGAUGUACCUCAGAGCUUCUCAUUUAUUGGAAUAGAGCACUUCUCCUGUAGUGACAGUUCUGAGACUUAGCUCACACCUUCCACCCUUCAGGGACAUGGCCCCGCUGUUCUUUACACAGCUUUUUGGAGCUGUGAAGGUGGUGAAUCACCAUCCUUAGGGCAAAUAAGACUGUGAAGUGCAGGAUUUACUCUCUGAAUGUUACACACACAUCCUGGGGAGAUGCAGGUUCAAGGCUUUCUUCCUUAGUAAGAAAAAUCCAGGGGAAAGGUUUAGUCUGUCCCCGUGUUGCAUCUACUUGUCCAAAGCCUUCAUAUGCAUAUCAAAUGUUGAUAAAUACGCCAACUGGUUUAAUGAAUUGUAUCUAUCCUGCCUGUACAGUUUUGUGUUUCUUGAUGUGCCCUAGCUGAGGAACACCGCUUAGGAGAGGCAGCUGUUACGCUGCAGCGCACCCCAGCCGCGGAGGUGGGGCCGUCACAGCCACCUCCAGCAUCUGGGCAAAGCCGCUGAGAAACUUCGCCACUUUCCCCUUGGCCAGGGGUAUUUGAACGCAGUCCAGGACGCAGAAGAGGCUGUUCAUCCGUAGCUGUAGUACGAACACCUGUAACUGAGGGAUGUCCAAGGAGCUUGGCCUUUUUCUCUGACGGGGAAAGACCGUUACCUCCUGGAGCGGUGCUGCCGUGGGCCGGGGCAGUGCGUGCGGUGCUACGGAAGGAUCAUCCAAGGGUCUCGCCGGCUCUCGCGGCGCCGAGGCCGAAGCAGCCCGGGCGUGGUACGGGGCUGUGCCGCCCCGUCAGCGCUCACCUGUCCCCGGCUGAGCUGACGGGCUCCAAUCCCAGGCUCCCGCAGCAGCUCCCGGCUUCCCGCACCAGAGCGGCGGCAGGGCCAGGCUCCGCAGCCCAGGGCACCGCCAGCCCUUACCCGCCUGCCCCGGGCCGGGGCGCCUCUUCCCGCGGCCGUCCCGCCCCGGGGAGGGGGUAGCGGCCGCCUCCGGCCACACCUGUGGCGCAGCAGCGGAGGAAACGCUCGAGGUCGGCGCAGACGGGUGGGCGCCCGAAGGCACUAUGACGGUGGGUGCGCGGCUGGGCGCCAAGGUGAGGGGCAGGUUCUCCCGCCGCGGGACCGGCGACGACCAGGUCUCCAUCCUGCCCGGCGAGGAGGAGGAGGCGGCGGCGGGGGCCGGGGGCAGCGCGGGGUCCCCGCGGCCGGCGGCGCUGCAGGAGGAGGAGGAGGAGGGCGCCGGGUGCAGGAAGGUGCGUUUCGCCGUCCUGCCCGGCUCCUACGAGCCGCUGCGCCCGCCGCGGGCUUCCGGCAAGCGGCCCUACGGGAAGCGCCUGAAGAAGUACGGAAAGAAUGUCGGGAAGGUUCUGCAGAAGGGUUGUCACUACUUGGUAGUCGGCCUGCAAGGAUUAGCAGCAGCCUAUUCUGCUCCCUUUGGAGUGUCAGCACAUGUGGCAUCCUUCGUCCGCUAGCGCAGCUCCCUGUGCCCCACGGGAGAGGACACGAGGCCAUUGCUGCUUUCUCAGGAUUAAAAUUGAGACCUGGGUCUGAAAAACCUCUUGGACCAACAGCCCUGAGCUCCUGCACCAGGCCCUUUCCAAGACCGAAUGCUCUUCUCUGAAAAAAAUUCCAGUGCUUUGUAAAAUCAGAUCGGGUCAAAGAAGUGUAAAGAUGAGAAAAUAAUCUUUAAAUAAUUGAACUGAAGUUUGUUUUCAGGCUUGAGUUGGUUUUCCAGAGCUUCCUGCUGUGUGGAAGGGAGCCAAGGAUGGAUGGAAAAGCAAGUAGAUGAGGGAGACAGAAAUGAAGGAAAACAGAGGAAGGCAGAGCAGCUGGAGAGGUGGAGACAAGUUUGGGUAGUGAGAGGAAUUGUCAAAGCAGUGGAGGAAACAGAUAACAAAGGAUUAGGAAAAGAUAGUCUGAGAUUCUGAGUUUGUUGUGUUUUUUUACCUGAGAGGGUUAAGAUUAUGAGUGUACUUAAAAAUAUUCUUGGAUAUAAAUGGAAUGUGGCCUGAGACACGGAGAGCUUUGCUGCAGCGUGGUUGUUAAUUUCAAACUGUGGACAUAACGAGCCUUUAAAUAAUCAUGAGAAAGAUGUAAAAAUACAGAAAGAAAAUGAGGUGUGUAUUUGUUAUUUUGGGGCAUUAAAGGCUCACUGUGAUUAACAUUUUAAACUUUUUGUCUGCUACUAUGAAAUCUGCAUAUAUUUUUUUACUGGGAAUGGAGUUUAUAUGUGAUAUACUUCAUUCUAGAAGCUGGGGCAUUUUACACCUAAUUCUUUGGUGUUCACCAGGGGAAAAACAAAUGAUUGCCAGCUGCAUCUAAGGAAAAAAAAUAUACAUACAGCAUUUGGUAUAAGAAUGUACAGGUGUGAUGUAUGAGAAUGGAGCCAAAUAACCUGCCGGCUCCGUCAUCAUUUCUGCACGUGGAAGAUGUAAGCAGAGGAUGUCAAUAUCAGAUGGCUCAGCUCAGUGCUGCAGAUGCAGCAGCUUCCGUGUCACACCUCUAGGGACAUAAAUCGCAUAUUGAUGACACAGGAACAAGGUGGUUUUUGGGCCUUAAAAAUUUUGUGGGUUUUUUUUUGUUUGUUUGUUUCUGUCAGUAUUUUGUGGUAGUUGUAAAUUACUUCCCUGCUAGCACUUUCUCUGUAUUAUAUAUCUUUCUAGUUUUGAUGGUGUUUUUGUAAUCAAGGAGUUGACUUAACUGGAAAAAAAUGCUGUUCACUUGCUUUCUUUGCCUUUUCAGAACAAAGGAGUUUGUAUGUCUUGGCAAACCACACUGUAUUUCUUUUAAAUGUAGUAAAUGAAUCAGAUGGGGGGUGGGGUGGGGUGUCAUGCUGUUUUCUAACUGGACUGUAAAUAAAAGCCAUGAGAUCCAUGUCUGUUUUUACCUAC